GCUGGACUCUGUCGGUGUGGGGUUCGGUCAUUCCGCUUGACUUUUCUGCGCUUCGGCUGUGAACCAUCGCCAGAAUGAGAAAUUCCUCGUUGAGUCGGAGUGUUAUACGGUGUGCAGGUCAUGCUGCCGAGCCGAGUGCAUGGACGCAGGAGCAGGAGCAGCAGCAGCAGCAACAGCAGCAGCAGCAGCAGCUUCCUCCCCAGCUAAGUGAAUCACGGCAAAUACAAUCGCUUGACUUGCCCGAGUUCCGACUGUUCCAUGCUCUCUCCAUCGCCGCCUGUCUCUGCCUCGAUUUGGCUUCCUCCCUGUCGAUCCCCAUGCUCAGAGCCAAGCGAAUGGAACCACUCGUCACUCGCCCAGUCCAUGGCCGACCAGGUGCUUGCUUACUUUGACUUCUUGUUUGCGAGACAUCAAUUCACUCCUGAGUGGGUAGCUCCGCAAAAAAAAUAGGCCAAGAGGUUCUGAUUGAUUUUAUUCACCGUCGCUGGUCUCUCUCAUAGCUGUGGCGCCCCCUCUCUUCGUUGCUGGGGUUAUUUAUAUCUCCUCCCUUCCCCCCCCCCC